CACAAUGCAGAGGACAAAACCAAUUUUGGCUUCAACUUUUUUCACGCAUGGAAUAAUAUAUGAGACUCGCAACACCAACUAAUUGAGUGCUUCCUUUCCAUAAAGGAAACUCUGAAACAAAUCAAAGAAAGCAAAACCCUGAAACCCUAGCUUCUCCACCACCCCGCAAGGACUGCCGCCGUCCGUCGCGCUCAGGCACUACCGUCGUCGUCGGGUCGUCCGCUUUUCUUCCUCAUUCGACAAUCGCACCUUCUCAGCAUUUCCUUCGACCCUCAUUUCCUCAGCAAAGCAAAAUCUUCUCUUCUGCCGUUCUGCUCCGUCCAGCCACCGCCGCGUCACCGCCAUCGUCGCAUCUGCUCGAAGCCGCCGUCCCCACUGCGCCUCGUCUGUGCUCGUAUCGCGUCCUUCCUCCGUCGCAAUUUGUCUCGCGUCGUUCCUCCGUCCAGGCCUCCUCUGCUCCAGUUCCGCCGUGCUCCUCCCUCCUCUGCUCCAGGCCAAAUCUUCUCCAGUUCUGCCGCUUUCAGCCCUCCAUCGUGCUCCCUCACCACCUCUGUGCCCUGAACCUUGCUCAACACUAUUACCUCCCCUUUCCUUUUCGUUCUGCUGAUUCUCCCUUCUUCGUUUUGAGUGAUGACGACGGCGUUUCAAGGAGCUGCAACCUCGGUGGCUCUCAAUGACCACCACAGGUCUCAGAUUCACACCUUCCAUGGAUUGAGGCCUGCUUAUGCUUCUUCUCUCACUCGCAAUGCCUUCACUCUCCCUUCUCCCGCUCGCUCUUUCUCCCUCAUACGUGCUGUUUCCACGUCGGGGAAGCCUGAAACUGCCACUGAGAAGCGAAGCAAAGUUGAGAUAUUCAAAGAACAAAGUAAUUUCAUAAGGUAUCCUCUUAAUGAGGAUCUGUUAACGGAUAGCCCUAACAUCAAUGAAGCAGCCACACAAUUGAUCAAGUUUCAUGGUAGUUAUCAGCAGUACAACAGAGACGAGCGUGGUACAAGAUCCUACUCGUUUAUGCUGCGUACGAAGAACCCUUGUGGGAAAGUUCCAAACCAACUCUACUUGACCAUGGACGAUCUUGCUGAUCAGUUUGGAAUUGGUACGCUUCGUUUGACCACCAGACAAACAUUUCAGCUCCAUGGUGUGCUCAAGAAGAACCUUAAAACAGUAAUGAGUACCAUUAUCCAUAAUAUGGGCUCGACUCUUGGAGCAUGUGGUGACCUAAAUAGAAAUGUCCUUGCUCCUGCUGCUCCAAUUUUGAGAAAAGAUUAUCUCUUUGCUCAACAAACUGCGGAAAACAUAGCUGCACUUCUGACUCCUCAGUCUGGAUUCUAUUAUGAUAUUUGGGUCGACGGGGAAAAGUUUGUGACAUCAGAACCUCCUGAAGUAGUUCAGGCACGAAAUGACAAUUCUCAUGGCACGAACUUCCCAGAUUCACCUGAGCCAAUCUAUGGGACUCAGUUCUUGCCAAGGAAAUUCAAAAUUGCAGUUACCGUGCCUACUGAUAACUCAGUGGAUAUUCUUACAAAUGACAUUGGUGUUGUUGUUGUUACUGAUGAUGAUGGGGAACCUCAAGGGUUCAACAUAUAUGUUGGUGGUGGAAUGGGAAGAACACACAGGUUGGAGACCACCUUCCCCCGCUUGGCUGAACCAUUGGGUUAUGUACCAAAAGAGGAUAUUUUGUAUGCAGUGAAAGCAAUUGUUGUUACACAACGGGAAAAUGGGAGAAGAGAUGACCGCAAGUACAGUAGAAUGAAAUAUUUGAUCAGCUCUUGGGGCAUUGAAAAGUUUAGAAGUGCUGUCGAGCAAUAUUAUGGCAAGAAAUUCGAACCUUUCCGAAAAUUGCCAGAGUGGGAAUUCAAAAGUUAUCUUGGGUGGCAUGAACAGGGUGAUGGUAGUUUAUUUUAUGGUCUUCAUGUUGAUAACGGUCGCAUUGGUGGAAAGAUGAAGAAAACACUGAGAGAGAUUAUUGAGAAGUAUAAUUUGAAUGUCCGGAUCACUCCAAAUCAGAACAUCAUCUUGACUGAUAUACGUGCUGCAUGGAAGCGUCCCAUCACAACAACUCUUGCUCAAGUUGGUCUUCUGCAACCUAGAUUUGUAGACCCCCUCAAUCUAACGGCAAUGGCAUGCCCUGCUUUCCCACUAUGUCCACUGGCAAUUACUGAAGCUGAACGAGGGAUACCAGACAUUCUUAAGCGGAUUCGAACCAUGUUCGAGAAGGUUGGUCUGAAGUAUAACGAGUCUGUGGUUGUAAGGGUAACUGGCUGCCCUAAUGGUUGUGCUAGGCCAUACAUGGCCGAACUUGGACUGGUUGGUGAUGGUCCAAACAGCUAUCAGAUUUGGCUUGGAGGAAACAAGAAUCAAACAUCAUUAGCUCAAAGUUUCAUGGACAAGGUGAAGGUUCAUGACCUUGAAAAAGUUUUGGAGCCUUUGUUUUAUUAUUGGAAGCAAAAGCGCCAGUCUAAAGAAUCAUUUGGCGAAUUCACUGCCCGCAUCGGAUUUGAGAAGCUUAAAGAAUAUGUCGAGAAAUGGGAAGGUCCAGUAGUGGCACCAACACGACACAACCUUAGGCUCUUCGCUGACAAGGAGACAUACGAAGCAAUGGAUGGGUUAGCAAAGCUUCAAAAUAAGACUGCUCAUCAGUUGGCCAUGGAAGUUAUCCGCAAUUUUGUUGCUUCCAACCAAAACGGAAAAAGUGAAUGAGCUCGUCGACUAACCUGGCCAAGGAAAGACUUGUGCAAUUUUGCGAAUGGUGGACAGGUGACUGAUUGUUACUCUGCUCUAAUGGUGGUAACCCUAGGGCUGGAUGAAAUUCAUGUUUGGAUUUUGAUUAAUUUCGACGGUAAAAAGCUUCUGAUGUUGAAACUUUGGAUGCAUCAUCUUUUAUUGUAUGCUUUGCCUUCCAUAAAUACAAUAAGUUUUUGUAUCAAAUUUUGGGUUGUAGACAACUCUUUUCUUGUUCA